GUUGGUGGGUCUGGUGCGAGCGGCUCCCAGCAAGGAGUUCGCGGCGCCAAUAGUGGCGGACUACCACGAGGAGGUUGGGAUCCCACUGGCCAGGAGGCUGAAGGCGGCUGAAGAAGCUAUGGACUUCGAUGGCGCCAGGUUAGUGGGAGGCACGCCUGCUAAUCUUGGCGACCAUCCUUACUUAGUCGGUCUCGUCAUCACGUUAAACAGUCUUGAAAUCUCCGCUUGUGGGUCAACCCUCAUCUCCAACACUCGCGCGGUGACCGCCGCUCACUGCAAGCUGACCCCCGGGAACUCGGCCGCCGACUUCGAAAUGGUCUUAGGUUCCAUACUCCUCUUCAGUGGCGGCACCAGGAUCCACGUUCACCAUUCGGAUGUGGAGACACACGAGGACUUCAAUGUAUACACCCUUGUUAAUGAUGUUGCUAUACUCAAAUUUGACUGGAUUCCGUAUACUGAUGUGAUCCGUCCAAUUGGACUGUAUUCCGGUGACGAUCUAUUCGUCGGCAGCUGGGCGCAGACUGCCGGCUUCGGAAGGAAGGGCGAAACCACACCCAUCACCACAGACCAGUUCCUGUCCCACACGAGCCUACAGGUCAUCACCAACGAGCAAUGCCGCACCGCGUACCCCACGGCCCACGCGAGCAUCAAAAACUUCACCCUCUGUGUGGCCACUGGGCCCGCUGGCGCCACGUGCUUUGGAGACUCUGGGGGCCCUCUGGUCCUUAACAAUCAGCUGAUCGGUAUCACGUCUUUCGCGUACGCCGGAGGUUGCGAGCAAGGGUAUCCGGCCGGCUUCUCGCGAGUCAGCUACUUCGUGCCUUGGUUCGCCGAGCGUAUGUAGUGAACAACACGGAUGUCGGAUUUUUUACAAUGGAUUAUAGAUGUAAAUUAAUUAUUUAAAUACAUAAUACGUUUUUACGGAA